AGACAGCUUGUUUUUCUGCUCGGGCAGAAGAAGAGAAGAAGACACAAGUGGCUUCAAGUUCGGAGACUUUGUUUUGGACUUUUUUUGUUGUUGUUUCUGAAGUUUGACAAACUUUCUUUCUCGGAGCAAAAUCUCAGAGAAACAAACAUGAGUCACGUCGACGUGAAGAACCUGAAGCCUUCCAACUUUGAAGGCGAAUACUACGACAAAUAUGAAUAUUAUAACUUAACCGAUAAAUACACAGAAGGCUCAGCCCGUAAAGGCAGGACGAAGAAGGAGGCCAGCGACAACACCAACAGACACAGCCCCUCCGGACACGAGCGCAAGAUUGUGGAGAAGCUCCAGAACGCGGAGAAGAAAGCCAAGGAGUGAAUGCUGAGGGCGACUCGGACGGCUCAUCCCGGAUACCGACCCUGGCCUCCAUGGCGACAGACCGAGACGUACAGACGGCAGGAAGCGUCACGGCGCUCCCGACGGGGCGGCGGCGGUUUAACCUGCAGAGGGCGUGACGCUGCAGCUCCAGAUGUUCCAGAUGAGGAGGAGCUCUUCAAUCGUGGCGGAACGCGGCGACUCCUCGGGCUUCCCCCCGCAGGUUGUUGUGAAGAACUCGCCCGCGGCGGCGUGCACCUUGCUGAGCGCGGCGGGGCACACGCUGAGAUUCUGGUGAUGGUGACAGUUUUGAAUGGAUAUUUUUUUUCCUAUAUUACGUGUUUGUUUUUUUUUGUUUUUUUUUAAAUAACAUAAAGCACUUUGAAAACUUGUUUCUGAAAAGUGCUUUUAUAAAUGAAGGUAUAACUCUGCCUCUGAUUGGCUUACCCUGGCAUUCUAUAAGCAAUCCUACUUCCAAUGCCUAAACCUAACCAAUCCAACCAACGAAGGCAACGAGUGCUAGCCAAUCAGACACAGAGUAGGGCGGGACAUACACAUAUUCAAGUGUUUUUUACUAUUAAAACCAGUUCUUAAAUGA